AACGAAGAAAGGAAUUGGAAGCUAGUGUUGUUGGGUCGGUCAAUGCUUCUUAAGAAGCUGCCGUAAUAUUUUCAGAGAAGACUUCUCUCUGCGUUUUUCUCAAUUUUGUUUUCUUUAGCUGUGAAGAAAUAGGAUCUGAUCCCGACGAAAUCUCGUUUUAUUCUCCGGUCAUUUCCUCCCGUUUAGAUCGGGGGGGCAGAAAGGUUCCGAACCCUAAGCCGAUCUGAAUAUGUCGAAAUCUCUACCAUAUUCAGUGAAAGAUAUUCAUUACGACAAUGCCAAGUUCAGACAUCGAUCUCCUUUAAAGGUUCUUUCUCAAAGCUUGCUUACGCUUAACACAAAACGCAACUACGCAAGCUGUAGCACAGGGAAGUUCCUAAUAUUAAUAUUGGUCUUUGGACUAGUAUGUCUAAUGUUGAUGAGUAAGAGUCCAAAUGAGUCUGCUCUGAAUGAAAAAGGAAAGGUCACUUUUGUUGGGGGACUUAGGUUAGGGAGACUUUUGAGAAAGCCGCCUAGGCUUCCACCUCGAUUAUCACCGGAUGAAGGACAAUUAAGGGGUAGUUCCACUAAUGGCUCGACAAUUUCAAUUUCCGACCCAAAGUGGGCAGCCAGACAGCAAAGUGUGAAGGAUGCUUUUGAUCAUGCAUGGUCUGGCUAUAGAAAGUACGCCAUGGGUUAUGACGAGCUUAUGCCUAUCAGCCAGAAAGGUGUGGAUGGCUUAGGGGGACUGGGUGCCACAGUGGUGGAUGCUCUUGAUACAGCCAUGAUAAUGGGUCUUGACAAUGUCGUUUCUGAAGCAGGAUCAUGGGUUGAGACUCAUCUCUUAGAGAGAAUCAGUCAAAAGGGUCAAGUUAAUUUGUUUGAAACCACCAUACGUGUCUUGGGUGGGCUUCUAAGUGCAUACCAUCUGAGUGGAGGAGAGCAGGGUACGAUGAACAUGACUCAUAAUGGACCGAAGCCAGCUAUCUAUCUAAAUAUUGCUAAGGAUUUGGCUGACCGUCUGCUUUCGGCUUUUACCUCCAGCCCUACUCCAGUUCCCUUUUGUGAUGUCAUAUUGCAUGAAUCGACUGCUCAUCCAGCUCCAGGAGGAGCAAGCAGUACAGCAGAAGUUGCCUCUGUACAGCUUGAAUUUAAUUACCUCAGUGCUAUUUCUGGUGAUCCUAAAUAUAGUACAGAGGCCAUGAAGGUCUUAGCUCAUAUCAAAACUCUUCCAAAGACGGAAGGUCUUGUUCCAAUCUACAUCAGCUCUCAAACAGGUGAAUUUGUUGGUGAGAAUAUCAGGUUGGGAUCUCGUGGUGAUAGCUACUAUGAGUAUUUAAUCAAGGUGUGGCUUCAGCAAGGAACUAAGGUCAACAGUAAUUUCACAUAUUUACAUGAUAUGUACAUUGAGGCAAUGAAAGGAGUCAGGCAUUUGCUUGUGCGUAAUUCAAUUCCGAAAGGUCUCGUCUUUGUGGGGGAGUUACCUUACGGAUCCAAGGGAGAGUUCAGUCCAAAAAUGGACCAUCUUGUAUGCUUCUUGCCUGGUACUCUUGCUCUCGGUGCUACCAAGGGACUGACAAAGGAACAAGCCCUGAAGGAAAAUCUUUUAUCCUUUGAGGACCUAGAGAAUUUGAAACUUGCAGAAGAUUUAGCGAAAACAUGCUUUGAGAUGUAUGAAGUAACUGCCACUGGCCUUGCUCCAGAAAUUGCUUACUUUCAUACAGCUGAGUACUCUGAGGAUGGUCUUGAAGGUGGGAAUAAGAGCUCAGUGUAUGCAAAUGACAUAAUUAUAAAGCACGCUGAUCGACAUAAUCUACUGCGCCCUGAAACUGUUGAAUCACUCUUUGUCCUCUAUCGUAUCACAAAAGAUACUAAAUACCGAGAUCAAGGUUGGCAAAUCUUUGAAGCAUUUGAAAAGUACACGAAGGUGAAAUCAGGUGGAUACACAUCAUUAGAUGAUGUAACAGAAGUGCCGCCGCAUAGGAGAGAUAAGAUGGAGACAUUUUUCCUCGGUGAAACAUUGAAAUACUUAUACUUGCUUUUUGGAGAUGACUCGGUGAUACCAUUGGAUAAGUUUGUCUUCAACACUGAAGCUCAUCCAUUGCCUAUAAGAAACACCUAAAGGAUUAGUUUUGAAGACUGCUCCAAACAAUACACACACACACUUACACAAACUGAAGAGAGGGUAUGGAGAAAGUGAUGUAUAGUACAGUGCCCAUUGGAGAAGAGGUUAGUUCGUUGAGGUAAGAGCGUAAGAUAAGUUGCAGCAUCCAAAUUAUAUAAUUUAACUCGAAAGUUUUUGUUGUAAUAGUAGGUUUCUUGAGAUUAACACUCUUUCCUUCGAGCUCUCACUUGGCAAAUUGUAAUCAGAUACUAUAGAGAUGAGUUGUGGUUUUAGUUUUUUUUAAUACAUACAUUUACUAUGCAAAUUGCAAAAUAUGUCAUAAAGUCCUUCUAGCUC